AUGGAGGCACUCAACGUUGACACCAAAGACGCUUUGGAAAGCGUAGUUAAUAAUUCCACCACCGCCGUUGUUGAAAAUAUUGGCAUUUUGAAUAAAGUCCAAUCAUUAUCCUGGUUCCAGAUCAUUGUGUCUUUGAUCGUGGUGGGACUAACAUAUGACCAAAUCUCAUAUCAAAUUAUGAAGGGAUCCAUUGCGGGUCCACGCUACAAGUUUUGGCCAAUAAUUGGACCUUUCUUGGAGAGUUUAGAUCCGAAAUUUGAAGAAUAUAAGGCAAAAUGGAAUUCCGGUCCAUUGUCAUGUGUCUCUAUUUUCCACAAGUUUGUCGUCAUUGCAUCUGACACAACUUUGGCGAGAAAAAUAUUUCAAUCACCAUCCUUUGUCAAGCCGUGUGUUGUUGACGUGGCUGUGAAAAUCUUGAGACCAACCAAUUGGGUCUUCCUUGACGGUAAAGCACAUGUUGACUAUAGGAAAGGCUUGAAUCCUUUGUUCACAAAGAAAGCUUUGGAAAUCUACAUUCCCGAACAAGAAAAAGUCAUUGAUCGUUAUUUGGACAAAUUUGUUGAUAUCACAAAAGAUGGUGCUAAAGUCUUUUUCCCUGAAUUUAGAGAGUUUUUAUGUGCAAUCUCCUUGAAAACCUUUUGUGGUGAUUAUAUCACUGAGGAACAAAUCCAAAUGAUUGCUGAUAAUUAUUACAAGGUGACUGCUGCUUUAGAAUUAGUCAAUUUCCCUAUCAUUAUUCCUUAUACCAAAACCUGGUAUGGUAAGAAAAUUGCCGAUGAUUCAAUGAAAAUCUUCGAAAACUGUGCUCAAAAAUCCAAAGAUGCUAUACUGAAGGGUAAGAAACCAAACUGUGUUAUGGAUGAAUGGAUCCUUUCGAUGUACAAGUCAAACGGUCAAAUUGAAACUGGGGAAGAGGUUAAGGCUAAGGUUAGACUAUUCUCAAACAAAGAAAUUAGUGAAGCAAUUUUCACUUUCUUAUUUGCGUCCCAAGAUGCUUCAUCUUCCUUAUGCUGUUGGAUUUUCCAAAUCUUAGCUGAUAGACCAGAUGUUGUCAAGAAGAUCAGAGAGGAACAAUUGAGGGUCAGAAAUGGUGAUCCUAAUGUUCGUGUCAAUGGCGAUUUGAUCGAUAAGAUGACAUACACUAAUAUGGUAAUUAAAGAAACCCUAAGAUAUAGACCACCGGUUAUCAUGGUUCCAUACGUUGCAAAGAAGGCAUACCCGGUUACCGAUAGUUAUACCGUUCCAAAGGGUGCCAUGAUCAUUCCUUCUGUCUAUCCUGCUCUACACGAUCCUGAAGUUUACGAAAAUCCAGAUGAGUUCAUUCCAGAGAGAUGGGUUGAGGGAUCACCUGCUACGGAGGCGAAGAAAAACUGGCUGGUCUUUGGUACUGGUACUCACGUUUGUUUGGGUCAAACCUAUGUUAUGAUGUCAUUUGCUGCUAUUAUUGGAAAGGCGUGUAUGUUUACUGAUUUCAAACACACUGUUACGCCAUUGAGUGAAGAGAUUAAAGUCUUUGCAACCAUCUUCCCAAAGGAUGAUUUAAUCCUCAAGUUUGAUAAAAGAGAUCCAGCAACCAUUGAAUAA